AGGAUUUGAUAGGUUUCCACUUCUUCAAGAAAACAAACUCAACGUAACAAAUAAGUAGAUCUUUUGGCUUUGAAAGAAACAGACCUCCCUUGGCCAUUUCUCCUUAUAAGAAAACCAAGAGUCACAUCUACACUCACAUUAACUUAGCAAAAAACUCAAAAACCGAAAAUGGCAUCUUCAGAAACAUCAAAACCUUCAUUUCCCAUUAAAACAGUAAUAGUUUUAGUUCAAGAAAAUCGCUCAUUUGAUCACAUGUUAGGUUGGAUGAAUACCCUAAACCCAGAAAUCACUGGCCCAACAAUAGGAAAAGAAUCCAACCCAAUAUCCACCUCGAACCAAAAUUCCAGUCUCGUUUACUUCGGAAACAAUUCCCUUUACGUAGACCAAGAUCCAGGCCAUUCAAUCCAAGACAUUUAUGAACAAAUAUUUGGGGUCCCAUGGAGUCAAGACUUGGCUAACAAGAAACUUGAACCCGCCAUGAAAGGAUUUGCUCAAAAUGCAGAGAGAAAUCAAAAGGGUAUGGCGGAAACUGUUAUGAACGGGUUUAAACCUGCUGCUGUGCCUGUUUACAAAGAGCUUGUGACGGAGUUCGCCGUUUGUGAUCGGUGGUUCGCGUCCGUUCCGGCAUCAACCCAACCCAACAGGUUGUUUGUGCAUUCGGCGACGUCACAUGGGCUUACCAGUAAUGAUACAAAGCUGUUGAUUCAUGGAUUACCUCAGAAGACUAUAUUUGAUUCAAUGGAUGAGGCUGGCUAUUCUUUUGGUAUUUACUAUCAAUACCCUCCGUCCACUCUUUUUUACAGGAAUCUUAGGAAACUGAAAUACAUAAAGAAUUUUCAUCCGUUCGAUCUAAGCUUCAAAAAUCACUGCAAGGAGGGAAAGCUACCAAAUUAUGUAGUAAUUGAACCAAGAUUUUAUGACUUAAAAGUGUUGCCAGGGAAUGAUGAUCACCCAUCGCACGAUGUAUUUGAAGGGCAAAAAUUCGUGAAAGAAGUGUACGAGGCGUUGAGAUCAAGCCCUCAAUGGAAUGAAAUGCUUUUCAUAAUAAUAUACGAUGAACAUGGUGGUUUCUUUGACCAUGUGCCAACUCCGGUCACCGGAGUUCCCAGCCCCGACGGUAUUGUGGGUACCACUGCGCCUUAUAACUUUCAGUUUGAUCGCCUCGGUGUUAGGGUUCCGGCGAUCAUGAUUUCUCCAUGGAUUGAAAGAGGAACAGUGUUGCAUAAGCCAUCAGGACCAUAUGCUACUUCUGAAUUUGAGCAUUCUUCAAUUCCUGCAACUGUUAAGAAGAUUUUUAAUUUGGAUGAGUUCCUAACUAAACGUGAUGCAUGGGCUGGUACCUUUGAGACUGUCAUAACCAGAUCAACCCCAAGAACAGACUGCCCUGAAACUUUACCAGAACCAGUAAGAAUGAGAGAGGCAGAAGCACAAGAAGAGGCAAAGUUAACAGAGUUUCAAGCAGAAAUGGUACAAAUGUCAGCAGUAUUAUGUGGAGAUUAUAUGAACAAGUCUUAUCCCAACAAGCUUGUGGAGGGAAUGACUGUUGCUAAGGCAGCUGAUUAUGUUCAUAAUGCAUUCAAGAAAUUCUUGGAUGAAGGUGAAAAAGCCAUACAAAGUGGUGCACAUGAGUCUACUAUCUUAAUACCAAGAGAUCAAUUACUAGCUGAGAGAGCUCCAAGAAAAUCCAAAUCCUUUGCUUCCAAAUUCUUUUCUUGUAUAGUUUGUGAUCAUUGAUGAUGCCAUUUUAGUUUCACAUUACUCUCAAAUUAAUUUCUUCGACAACUGGCACGACUUCAUUUUCAAAGUAAUUGUAAAGGAAUAAGUUGGCUCUAAUUAGCCAGAGUUUGGAACUAGAUUUUAUUUUGCUUAUCAGAUUGCAUAAUAUAAAUGUUUGCUAUUGUCUUAUAUGUUA